AGCUUUUACCGACCGUUGAAAAUCGAAUUUUGUGGUCUGUGAUUUUCGCGGGAAAAAAAACCGGAGGUUUUUUGUCUUUGGUUUUUGAGGAUUGAAGGGCUGUAUUUUUAGGGCUUUUUUGGGUUUGGGUUUUGGGUUGGGAGGUGGAUAGAAGCUAUGGGAGGAGCAGGGGUUCUUCUCAGGGCCCCGCAACUUUCUUUACUCAAGCUGACGCUUUAUUAAGGAAGCACAUCACGUUUCCGAAACGAAAAUUUACAACGAAUUUGGGUCUCAUUGCUUUUCCAAGUUUUCUUUGUGUUAUUAUUGUCACCAUUCAAUUAGUGGCUAAUGAUCACUUGGACCAGCCCGAAAACAAAUGUGAGUGCCGUUAUGUUUACACAAGAGGAGAUGGGUCAUGCAAAAAUGUAUGUGGAGUACAGUAUUCAACAUUAAAUCAAGUUCCAUAUUGUGCCCAUACCCACUCCACAAAUAUGGCCAGCUCUAUUACAACUUCCAAGUCCAAAAUUUCAAGCUUCAAAGACUGAUUCGCAUACCUUCUCUGAUUUGACUGAUGAAAAGUGCAAGGAUGUGGGGAUUUGCCCUGUAAUUAUAUUGUAUACAGGAGGGAACAGAUUGGUGGCAACAAAUAUGCAUAUUUUCUAUAUGAGCUUUUCCAAGAAUCAUGUCUCGAUCCAGUUUAGGCAAAUUUUAUCAUUUUCUAAUGCACUAUGGACGCACCGUUAUCACCAUCCAAGAAAUGAUGGAUAGUAAGGGCAAGAGAGUGGGAGCGCCCAUGGGAUUCCUGUUCAGUUGUGGCUGGAGAGACACUAAAAUCUUCAUCGCUGUCCCUCCUUUCAUUGGAAGAAGAUGAACCCAGUGGAAUAUCAAUUCCAUAGUCUAUUACGAUAUAUUAAACUUUGCUCGCACUGAAUUCACAUGUCUUAGAAUAUAAUUUUGGUUCAUCUUCUAUAUUUCAAUCACUGUUCCCACCAUUGUUUUCUCUUUUCAUGCUGCACUCAUUUAUUUUAUUCAGCUCUUGGAAAUUAAUUAGUUCUAGCACUAUUAAAUACUUACCCAAAAAAAAAGAUCCAAGAACAAACUUCUGUUUCUUUGUCUUUAUAGCUAGUCAGCGAAACAUACAGUACUUGAAAUCUUAAAAGUAGAAGAAGGGAAAAAGAAUAGACUCAAAAGGUAUAAUCCUGCUUAAGUGUGGUAGAAAAAUGUUUCAUUGUUCACUUAGGUAUAAUGUUCAAUAUUUUCAUCGUUUUUUCAUCUGGGUUAAUAACUAAGAGUAUCUUGCAGCCUUGGCUGGGAAUUUGGUUACAAGUGCCAUUUUUUCUAAUGCAUCUGAUUCUUUGGCUAUGCUCUCUGAAGUCCUUUCUGUGGGUGUUUCGUACCGUUUUAUUUUAUGGGUUUUUUCUUAGUUUGUUGUAUAUUAAUUCUCUACACACCUAUGUUAUUGACUGUUCUCUUUGGACAUUUUCAGGGAACAUAUUUUAUGAUAAGAUGUACUAAUUUUUUUGAACCUGCUUUCCUCUCUGGUCGUCCCUUGUUUGUUGUUCAACCUCAAUGCAUCCCAAACAUUAACCUUUCAUUUUCCAUUGCUUCUAUUAUAUAUCAACAAGGUACAUCACUCUCUAUUCCAAGAGAUAUAAAUCCUUACCUUGCUAAAUAAGUACAAACCUCUCUCUCUCUCUCUCUCUAUGCAUGUGUACAUAAUCUUUUUUAUAUCUAUUUAAUUUGGUGCGAAGGCCAAAUGUGUGCAGGCAUUACACCUAUGGCGAAGUAGCUCAUUUGCUGUAAAUGAGGAGCUGUUCAGGGGAUAUAGGAAGGGAAACUCAAGGAAGCAAACUAAUGAAUUUCUUUCUGGAAGGUUGAUUGUGCAGCAAGACAUUUUCUUAUGCAGCCUAUGAUGUUUUGGACUCUAAUGAAAUUAAGCUUAAUGUGAUCAUCUGGUACAAGAAAAGUAAAAUUAAGAUGAAUGGUGUUAAGAGCGCUCCACCCCGCUUGACACGUCUUCCACGCUCAUUAAACAUGGAAAAUGGGUUUUCGUGAUGGAACUUGUUCCUGGUUUUUCCCUGUUUAGAGGACUAUAUGAGUUUGCAGAGUAUUCUUUCGCGGGAAAUUACAUGGGAAUGGAUGGUAUGAGUUGGAAAGAUUUGAGUGAUAAAGACAAUGGCAUGACUGUUCUAAUCAUAAUGCUCAUAGAAUGGAUUGGAAUUCUUCUACUUGCUUAGUACUUGGAUCAAGUUGCUUCUCGUGGGAGUGGAAUCAGAAAGCAUCCUUUAUUUUUCUUGAAGCCCUUUAGGAAGAAAUGCUCUCCAUAUUUUGGACGAUUAAGUCUUGAACGAGAAGGCAGUAAAGUUUUUGUAGAUGUUGAGAAACCUGAUGUUUCGAAAGAGAGAGAAGUGGUCAAACAAUUACUGAAGGACUCCAAUACAAGUCAUGCUAUCAUAUGCAAUAGCCUCAAAAAGAUCUAUCCUGGAAAGGAUGGAAAUCCUGCAAAAUAUGCUGUUCGUGGCUUGUCUCUUGCAUUGAAUCGAGGGGAAUGCUUUGGUGCUUGGUCCCAAUGGUUCCGGGAAGACUGCCUUCAUCAAUAUGCAUGUUAUGGGAGACACUAACUGGUAGGGAGCACUUGUUACUCUUUGGUAGACUAAGAACCUCAAAGGUGAUGUGUUAACAAGUGCAGUGGAGAAAUCUUUGAAGAGCCUUAAUCUCUAUAAUGGAGGUGUUGGGGACAAGCUUACUGCUCAAUACAGUGGGGGUAUAAAGAGGAGGCUAAGUGUUGCUAUUUCACUUAUUGGAGAUCCUCAGUCACAGCAAAGGCGCUCCGGAAACAGGAAGAUCUCGGGCGUGCAGAGGCUUUUUCAAGGAAUAAGAAAGGAUCCAAUAAGGUUGUUUUCAAACGGUUAAGGGAAAGUGAAGGAACGAUGACAUGAAAUUGUAUUUUUCAAAAAGAUCAUGUUUAUGGACAUCAAAAGAAAACCAUUAAAAAAUUGAUAUGCAACUGAGGUAAAGAAAGUUUCACAUUCUCACAACACCAUAUACAGACAUAUGAUACACCAAAGCAGGUGUCCUAGCCUAUAAUUAGAGUUUUGGACUGGUAAAGUCCUUAGAUAAAGCUUUCAAAAAACUAAUCGAUUUGGCGAUGGGAAAACAACUGUAUUUGUUUGGGGCACAGAAUGUAGUCAUUAUUGCAAUGGUGGCAAUUGUGGCCAUGGCAGAUGACAAUAACAAUGUGUUCCAGCCAUGCGAAGACGCAAAGAUCCAGAAAUCAGAUGGCUUCACAUUUGGCAUUGCCUUCUCUUUGAGGCCCUCAUUCUUUGUUAAUGAUACCACACAACUCUCUCCUUGUGAUCGAAGACUUUCUCUCUCUACAAGCAACGCCCAGCUUGCAAUAUUCAGGCCCAAGGUGGACCAAAUCUCUCUUCUCACUAUUAACACCACGACCUUUACACCGGAGGCAUUUGGUGGGUACAUGGUUGCAUUUGCAGGCCAAAGAUAUGCUGCUCGAUCCACUCCAACCUUUGUCGCAAACUCAACUUUCAUAGUAACCAGCUUUACCUUGGUGCUCGAGUUUGAGAAGGGAACAUUGCAAAACUUGUAUUGGAAAAGAGAUGGAUGUGCUUCUUGCAAGCGAAACCCAAACUUCACUUGCUUGAAUUCCCAGGACUGUGCAAUUAACCAAUCUAGCUGUAUGGGCCAUGGAGGCUCAGUUGACUGCAGCCUUGGCAUCCAAACAGCUUUCUCAGGCACAGACAAGCACCAGGUUGUGCUCAACUCCUGGUACGAGGUUGACAAGCUCAGGCAGUAUUCUCUCUAUGGCCUGUACUCGAACCUCAGGGAUUCUCUCACUAGCCAGUUCAACAUCUUCUAGCCUGCCGCUCUCUCUCUCACACACACAUACACAAACACAGUUGCUGCCUCCUUUGAUAUGAAUUCAUUACAUAAACGCCACCUUGAUUAACAUUCCACAUUUGCUGCCUCCACUAUUUAUUCAUUGACCCCCCCACUUCUCUCUCUCUCUACUGGUUGUACUUUUGUUUCCUUCCUUCUCUGAUGAACUGGCUCGUUAUUGUUGUGCUGACUUUUCUUGUAUGUAUCUGCUGAAGAGGUAUUUGAAAGUUUAACUUAUUCGGCAAUAUUGUAUAUCUGUUAUCUCCUUUCUUUUGAGAAACAGGUCUCAUAUUUUAAUGAGAAUGUGCGUUAACUCAGGUC